AUGCAGCCAUACUCUGAUACAUUCCGAGCCUACCGCAAGGCCAUGCACCGCGUGCUAGGGACCAAGAACUCCGUUGCACAGUUCAAUGAUCUCCAAGAGGUCGAGGUGCGCAGGUUCCUGCUCCGUGUUCUGGAGAGUCCGACCGAUUUGAAUCAGCAUAUUAGGACCGAGACCGGGGCUGUUAUUCUGAAGAUCGCAUAUGGGUAUAACAUUAACCCGCGCGGUCGAGACCCUCUCGUUGAACUUGCGAAUAAGGCUUUGGAGAAUUUCGCUGUUGCGGCUACCCCGGGGGCUUGGGUUGUUGAUACUGUCCCGUUUUUGAGAUAUAUACCAGCCUGGUUCCCAGGGGCAGGAUUCAAGCGCACUGCUGCGUCCUGGAGGGAUAAUUUAGUUGAAACAACCGAGAAACCGUACCGUCUCGUCCUUCAACAGAUGGAGCAAGGCACGUAUCCAGCCUCAUUCCUAUCCAAGCUGCUAGAGGAAGCACAAGGCCGCCAACUCACCCCGAAGGAGGAGCAAGUCAUAAAGUUCUCCACGGCGUCUCUGUACGCUGGUGGUGUCGAUACAACCGUCUCUACCAUAUCCUGCUUCUUCCUUGCAAUGGCUCUGUACCCAGCCGUCCAGAAAAAGGCACAGGAAGAACUCGACCGUGUCAUUGGACCAAAUAAACUUCCAACUUUCGCCGACCGGGCUAAACUGCCUUAUAUCGAAGCUGUCGUCAACGAGUCUCUCCGGUGGCAUCCCGUCGCCCCAAUGGGCAUCCCGCAUAUGUGCACCGAGGAUGAUGCUUAUGAGGGAUACCUCAUACCUAAGGGCUCUUUGGUUCUGCCUAAUAUAUGGACAUUCACACACGACCCAUCCAUCUACCCAAACCCCACAACAUUCAACCCAGACCGAUUCCUCGCUCCCAACGCACAGCCAGACCCGCACAAUCUGACAUUCGGGUUCGGGCGCAGAGCGUGUCCGGGUAAGAUUCUGGCUGACGCGACGGUGUUCUUGACGAUUGCGAAAUCGCUGGCUGUGUUUGAUAUUUCGGUUGCGGGGGACGGGAGUGCGGAUGCGGCGUUUUUGCCGGGGGUUAUUAGCCACCCCGUGCCGUAUAAGUUGGAUAUUAUUCCUAGGAGUCUGGAUCAUGAGGAGGUCAUUAGGGCUGUGGAGAGGGAGGUUCCCUGGGAGGAGGGGGGUGGGGGGGAUAUUGAUGGGAUUGUAUGGUAG